GAAACUAAAUGGUCGGACAGUUUAGGAUCGGUUUCAAAUUUGAAAAAUGCUGAAUGCGACUCAAGAAUUUAACGACGGACAUCGAUCAAAUAGAUUGCUACGGUAAAGACAAUGUAGCCUUGAUAAUUUGUUCCUAUAUACUGCUGAAGUAGAUUUAGCGACCCCCGGGAACAGGAAAGUUAGUUGGCUCUACCUCAUAGCAACGAAGGACGCACAACAACAUACUUGCACCAUGGCAAAUGCGUCAUUGAAAGAGGUAUUUUCAGAUGUCACUCUCACCGUAGAUCCAAACACUUUCAAAGAGCCCAACCAGGUGAAGUACCUUCUCACUGGAUAUGGUAACCGCGUUACAGGAACCAAGCAUUAUGAAGUGCAGGGAUCAUUUGAUGAAAUAGAGGACCUGUUUGUGAAGAUGUCCAGUCUAGACAGAUAUGCCGCCCCCAAUCUCAGAGACAGUCCUCUUCGUCACCAACAGCGUCCUCGGUCACCACCUAGUCCAGUGAAACCAGUGGCGAUAGAUGGAGCCGUUUGGGAUUUCAUCCAACAGAGAUGCUCAAAGGAGUUGAAGAGAAUCAAAGGGGAAGACGUCUUAAUUCAUAAACCUCGUGACAAAAUGGUGGUGACCUUUCAAAGCCACAGAAAAGACUCGGUUUGGGUUCAUUUCGCCAGGGAGCGCUUUGUCACGUUCUAUCAGAGACUCGCAACAGAUCUGAAAGUGCAGACUUACAGUUUGGAUCCACAAUACUACAAAAGCUUGCAGGGACAGUUUCCAGAACUUUUGAUUGAAGGAGGCCCCAGUAAAGACAGUAUUACAGUGACAGGGCGCUACAUGCACAUUGUGAUGUUGGAGGAUUUUCUACGGCACGGUUCCAGUUCCCCUGUGACAUCACAACGACCCCCGACACCCCAGAGAGUUAGCCCCCGAGCCUCUGGUACUACACGCAACAAGCAAUCGGACGAAGAAGAAGAAGAGUCAUGUCCGAUUUGUCUGGACACCAUUAAAGAGGACAGAAAGAAGACGUUGGCAUGUAAACACUCGUUCUGUAGAGGCUGUCUGGAGGAGGCGUUCCAGACCAAACCUGUCUGUCCAACCUGUGGGGCAGUCUAUGGGGAACUGAAGGGGACGCAGCCAAAGGGAGGGACUAUGGCUGUUACUCAGGAAAGAUCUUCUUUGUCUGGAUAUGACAAGUAUGGAACAAUCGUGAUUCAGUACCACAUUCCAAGUGGAAUACAGAAGGAGGAGCAUCCCAACCCAGGUCAGAAUUACCAGGGUGUGUCACGUACAGCGUAUCUCCCAGAUUCCUCAGAGGGCAGGAAGGUUCUGGCUCUCCUGAAGAGGGCCUUCGACCAGCGACUCACGUUCACUAUUGGCCGAUCUUCCACCACAGGCAUGGAAAACAUGGUCACGUGGAACGACAUCCACCAUAAAACCUCCAGGAGAGGAGGCACCAGUUGCUAUGGAUACCCUGACCCCGACUACCUGAGACGUCUACAGGAUGAACUGAAGGUCAAAGGGAUCUAUUGACAUGUCAUCUGCAUGUCUCGCAACUACCGAUAUGCAAGAAUGAAGAAAGAGAGGUCACAAAUACAUGUGGUACACACAGCUGCUUCAGGUUAACUCUUGUGAAAUGAAGAUGGUUUUCUUGUUGGGGAAACGUAACAAAAUAAUGUCACUAAAACAGAAGGGGUUUUAAUGACAAAAAAACGACACAGAACUUAACAGUUCUGAUAAUCAGAACCAAAACAGGUUUUGGGAGGGGUUCUGAAAGACAGUCAUGGGCAUGGUGCUAAUGACACCCGCCGUGCUAACGACACCCACCGUGCUAAUGACACCCACCGUGCUAAUGACACACACCGUGCUAACGACCUCCCCCGUGCUAACGACACCCCCCGUGCUAACGACACCCUCCGUGAGCUCCCACUAGAUCUGCCCAAGAAGAGGCAAACAAAAGGCCACACACCAAACUUAAAAGACAGGAAACAAACCAAAACGGUGAGCAAAACAAAACAAAAACAGGGAAUAUCAGACAAAGGAAUGUUUGUCUAGAAAUCACACGGGGGGGGGGGGUCACGUGAACUAAGAGCUCCGCACAAGUAGUUUCCAAUUCCUAAUCUUACCUCCACUCCAAGUUCACACUCAUUUAGCUUUAGUAAGAAAAAGUCAUGGCGGCUACAAAAGGCGACACUACAGGUGACAUUUUUACCCGGACUCGAGUAUUAGCGACGGAAAAAGCCUCCAAGAAGAAGCUAGCUUCAGAAAAAAACUAGCGCCAUUAGCCAGGAGCAAGAGAACCCGCUCCCCCACGAGGCACAACGAAUGCCAACCUCGCACUCUGUCGAAGACAUCCUCUCUGAGUUGAGAUCCCAACGUACAGAACUAAACACCAAAUUAGAUGCCAUUAACUCUCAGCUCAGUGCGAUAGGGGGCAAGGUGACAAUCCUGGAAAACGCUUUGCCUGACAUCAACAACAAGAUGUCCAGGCGCCCCGCGUAUAUGGUUGAGGCAGAGGGGCGAAUCCUAUCCAUGGAAAACUUAUUGACAGAUGCCAUGGAAACAAUAGCAUAUGCUAAAAAGAAAAUCGAGCAUCUGGAAGAGAAAACAGAGGACCUGGAAAACAGGGGCGAAGGAAUAAUUGUGUUCUAUUCAAUCUGGGCGAAAAAGAAGAGGGAAACAUGAAACUGAUCCGCUACCUGCAAGACAAACUUCCCGAGUGGCUCCACCUGCCCACCGACAGGCCCAUAGAACUCGAGAGAGCUCACCGAGCACUGAGGCCCCCACCAGCAGCCAGACAACCACCGCGCCCAAUCACCAUACGUUUCCUGAGAUUCACCGACAAGGAACGAGUCCUACAGGCGGCGAAAAACAACACCAUCACAGUGGGAAACGCCAAACUCGCUUUACACCAGGACCUGUCAGCUGGAAUACGCCGAAAGCGCCGAGAAUUUGACGAAGUGAAGAAAUACUCCAUUGACCGAGGCAUCUUCAGGGGAUUCAAAUACCCAAACGAGCUCAGGAUUCUUCACCAAGGAGCCUUGCGACACUUCAAAACUCCCGAAGAGGCAAAACGUUUUUUGAAAGACAAUCCUGGCCAAUGAGAAACAGACCAAUGACUAAAUGCGAUUAAUGCCAUUACUAAAGGAGGUAAGACGACAUAUAGCCGAUAUCCAGAGACCCACCCCCUAAAUGUCAUUAUAGCCGUCCAAUUUAUAUUUAUUUUCCUUUAACUGAGAGGGAUGGGCUGUAUAGCCUAACCUAGGCCUACUAAUGUUUCAGCCUACUUUUAUUUCCCUGUUUUUUUGUUGUUGCUAUUAUUACCUGGGGUUCCCUAUGUCCCUUGGGGGAGGUAUAUGUAGGCUGGGCUAUUGAUUUUAUUUUUCUCCCCUCUUUUACUGAGGUCUGGACGAGGGCAACUGUGUUAUUUACUCAAUGCGGGGUGGAGAGGAUGAGGCAUUUCUUUGGUGGGGAGAGGGAGACGUUCGUUGCUAACUGUUCCCGGUUUUUGUUUUAUUCGGAACACAGAAUUGAGACUGAGCUGGGGUUAAUAGAUCCAACGGGAUGUGUCGAGUUGUUUGGGAACUCGGCUGGGGUGUUCAGAGAUUAUUAUUUUAUGUACACCAUUUAUUUUCCUUUUAUGUGAACGCAGCUGUAAUUACUAUCCACUUUUACCCAGCGAUGACUUGCACUAAAGUUCGAUUACUGCUCGAUGACGAUGACUAGUACCUUAAAUCUAUUGACAUGGAACUGCCAUGGUCUAGGGCAUGCAAUAAAACGGAAAAAGAUACUAUGUGCUCUAAAAAAGGAAAAAGCAGACAUUGCGCUAUUACAAGAGACACACCUCUGUGAUGCUGAACAUGCCAAACUCCGCAGAGCUUGGGUGGGACAGGUGUAUUUCUCAUCUUUCAAAUCAAACAGUAGAGGCACAGCCAUACUUAUCCAUAAAAAUGUUCCAUUCAUAAUUGACAAAAACAUAUCUGAUCCGGAGGGGAGAUUUAUUUUGAUAACUGGGUCACUAUAUGGUCAACCAAUUACUAUAUUAAACAUAUACGCCCCUAACACAGAUACUCCUG